GCCUGAGCCUUCCCAGGGCUCAGCUCUUUCGGGCUGCCCAUCCCUCCGGCGGCGAGAAAGGACGCGCGCCUGGCGUCGGGCGAAGAAAAGAAGACAAACUUGUCGGAGGGGUUUCGCCAGUCCACAGUCACCCGCUCCCCGCAAACCCAAACCUCCCGCGGUGGCCAGCCCAAGAUCGCGAAAAGUUCCUUCGGAUCCGACUGCUCUCUUGCCUUUGGAGGAGGCACCCGCGCUGGCUGUGGAAUUGGAUCUGUUUUGAACCCAGUGGAGCGCAUCACGGGGGCUCGGAAGGCACCCGGGUGGCGCUGCGGGUGCGGAAGCCGGAGUUGGCGAGCCCCGGCUGCUGCUGGUGGUCUUUCCUCCCCGCGGUUGCGGUUUGGUGUCUGGGGUGAGGGCGGCGAGUGCGGUGGCAAGUUGCGAAGAGAGACCGGAGGUCCGGAGAGGACUGCGCUCCCCCUGGUCCGCCCUUCCUCUUCCUGGCUCCGGGCUGUGAAAUCCCAGCGAAAUUUACAAAGGCCGCCCGGGACCGCGGAGAACCUUCCACGGCGUUAAGCUCCGACCUCACCAGUCCCACCGAGAGCCCAGGGCGCCGGGGAAGGACUGGCGCGUAGGAAGAGGAGGAGGGGGGUCGCGGCGGCGGCAUGGCGAGGUUCCCGAGGGCCGACCUGGCGGCUGCAGGAGUUGUGUUACUUUGCCACUUUCUAAUGGACCGGUUUCAGUUCGCUGGAGGGGAGCCUGGGAACCAGAUCAGCGAUUGGCAACACCAAGUUGCUCAGGCCUUCCCGCAAGCAGAAGAGGAGAUAGAAGUAGACACACAUACAUUCAGCCACAGGUGGAAAAGGAACACAGAUCCCCUCAAGGCUGUGGACACGAACCGAGCGAGCGUGGGCCAAGACUCCCCAGAGCCCCGAGGUUUCACAGACCUGCUGCUGGAUGAUGGGCAGGACAACGCCACCCAGAUUGAGGAGGACACAGAUCACAAUUACUAUAUAUCUCGGAUAUAUGGUCCAUCUGAUUCGGCCAGCCGGGAUUUGUGGGUGAACAUAGACCAAAUGGAAAAGGACAAAGUGAAGAUUCAUGGAAUACUUUCCAAUACUCAUCGACAAGCUGCAAGAGUGAAUCUGUCUUUCGAUUUUCCAUUUUAUGGCCAUUUUCUACGUGAAAUCACUGUGGCGACGGGGGGUUUCAUAUACACUGGAGAAGUUGUACAUCGAAUGCUGACAGCCACACAGUACAUAGCACCUUUAAUGGCAAAUUUUGAUCCCAGUGUCUCCAGAAAUUCAACAGUCAGAUAUUUUGAUAAUGGCACAGCACUUGUUGUCCAAUGGGACCACGUACAUCUCCAGGAUAAUUACAACCUGGGAAGCUUCACAUUCCAGGCAACCCUCCUCAUAGAUGGGCGCAUCAUAUUUGGCUACAAAGAAAUUCCUGUUUUGGUCACGCAGAUAAGUUCAACCAAUCACCCAGUGAAAGUGGGGCUGUCUGAUGCAUUUGUCGUUGUCCACAGGAUCCAACAAAUUCCCAAUGUUCGAAGAAGAACAAUUUAUGAAUACCACCGAGUAGAGUUACAAAUGUCAAAAAUUACCAACAUUUCAGCUGUGGAGAUGACCCCAUUACCUACGUGCCUCCAGUUCAAUGGUUGUGGCCCCUGUGUGUCCUCCCAGAUUGGCUUCAACUGCAGUUGGUGUAGUAAACUUCAAAGAUGUUCCAGUGGCUUUGAUCGUCAUCGCCAGGACUGGGUGGACAGUGGAUGCCCUGAAGAGUCAAAAGAGAAGAUGUGUGAGACUGUGGAGCCAGUGGAAAGUUCUUCUCAGACCACCACAACCAUGCAAGCAACUACUGUACUAUUUAGGUUCUUAACAACCACCAGAAGAGCAGCAACAUCCCAGCUGCCCACCAGCCUGCCCACAGAAGAUGAUACCAAGAUAGCACUGCAUCUAAAAGAUAAUGGAGCCUCCACAGAUGACAGUGCAGCCGAGAAGAAAGGGGGAACCCUGCAUGCUGGCCUCAUUGUUGGAAUCCUCAUCCUGGUCCUCAUUAUAGCAGCAGCCAUUCUUGUGACAGUCUACAUGUAUCACCAUCCAACAUCAGCAGCCAGCAUCUUCUUUAUUGAGAGACGCCCAAGCAGAUGGCCUGCGAUGAAGUUUCGAAGAGGUUCUGGCCACCCAGCCUAUGCUGAAGUUGAACCAGUGGGAGAGAAGGAAGGUUUUAUUGUAUCAGAGCAGUGCUAAGAUUUCUAGGACAGAACAGCACCAGUGCUGGCUUACAGGUGUUAAGACUAAAACUUUUCCUAUACCAUUAAGACAAAAAAAAAACAAACACACACAUACACACACACACAGGGAGCCCUAAGCUGCUGUAGCCUGAAGGAAACAAGAUUUUUGGACAAGCCCAGCCCAGGAAGGGUAAGAGAAAAACUAAAACUUAUACAAGCCACCAUUUACCACUGAACAUAGAAUUCCUUUGAGGAUGGCAACUAUAGUUCACCCAGAACAUCUCGUGUGGACUUCCCAGAAUUAUGACAAGAUUACAGUGCCAUCGGCUUAGGUGCAGGGUUGCAAAGGGAUCGAGAACAAAAACACUAAUAACAAAGCUUUAGUUCACAAAGGAUCUACACCUUUGGUUCAUAUACUCUUCUCUGAUGUCUCAAAGAUAACUGUGUUCCAAAGCCGGAACCCUUCCACCCAAAAGACCAAUGAUGAAUGUCAAGAUUGCUGAGAAAAAUAGCUCACGCAGGAACAAACACAAACACAAAAUAAGAAAUUUUCUAUCUUUUCAUCAGACGUGUGGCCAAAGGAUUGUGUUUUUUCUGGUCUACAUCCACCUGUUCCAACAGGUUCAUUACUUUAUAGGAUGAACCUUUUAUCUGCACAGGAGGUUUAAACUAUGCUUCCCCCUCUCUUGUUAAUGAAUGCCCUUUUAUGAGCUGUGAUAGAAUUUCCAACCUGUUAGCUAAGGAUUAGGAAAGAGGGAGUAGCAAAUGAGGCUUUCUAUUCUCGCUCCUCAGAAUAAAACUUGAUUUGCUUUACGAAGCAUUGCCUCCAUUUCCCAACUGUGAAGUCCUAUGAAGCCACAGUUGCUAUUGGCUGAAGGAAACAAAAGGAUGAGUAGUUCCUUAAUCACUUUUUAACAAAAAUGUUAAGGGAUUCUUAGUAUAUGGGUAUUUUUUACUUUUUGCCGUUUCAGUACUAAAGGCCCAUUUCAUUGUCGAUUCCCUUCUAAGAAGCCAUUCAAGUCAGCAUAUCCCUGGAGAUAAAA